GCGAGGACGCGGGCGGCCAAUAGGAGGGCGCGUUAGUGGGAGGUGCCGCGCGGGCGGCCGAGGGAAGAUGGAGGCGGACGACGACCAGCAUGGCGGCCGGCCGGCGUCGCCUCAGGGCGGCGAGGGUCCCGGCCCGCUGCCCGAGCGUCUGCAGAGGCGGGAGCAGGAGCGGCAGCUGGAGGCGGAGCGCCGGAAGCGGGAGCGGCAGAGCCAGGCGGUGGAGGAGGAGAAGAGCGGGGUCUUCAGCGCGUCGUUCGGCCGGGAGCGGGCGGCGGUGGAGCGGCUCCUGGAGGGCGCGGGCCCCGAGCCGCGGGACCUGGACGAGGCCGCCGCCCGCCUGCGGGGGCUGCAGAAGCUCCUCAACGACGCCGUCCUCUUCCUCGCCCCCUACGACCUGCGGCAGGGCCAGGAGACGCUGCAGCGGCUGCAGGGGGUCCUGGCCGAGCGGCGCCGACAGCUGAAGCCGCCGCCGCGCUUCGCCUUCAAGACCCGCAGGAAGGAGGCGACCCCCGGGCCGGUCCCGGCCGCCGCCGCCCCCGCCCCGGCCCCGGCCCCGGCCGCGGAGGAGCCGCCGGACGACGCGGCCGGCUUCAGCGACCAGUCCUCCCGGGUGCUGGAGAAGCGGGCGUCCGAGCUGCUGCAGCGGGACAUCCUCCUCAGCGGCCUGACCGACUGCACGGUGAAGCUGUGCGGCAACCCCAACACCCUGCGGCUGGCCCGGGCCCGCCGCUGCACCGUCCUCUGCGGGCCCGUCUCCACCUCGGUGUUCCUGGAGGACUGCGCCGACUGCCUCCUGGCCGUGGCCUGCCAGCAGCUCCGGACCCACGCCACCCGGGACACGCGCAUCUAUCUGCAGGUCACCAGCCGGGCCGUCAUCGAGGACUGCAGCGGCCUCCAGUUCGCCCCGUACAGCUGGACCUACCCGGGGCUGGACGACGACUUCGCGGGGUCGGGCCUCGACAGGACCCGGAACAACUGGAGCCAGGUGGACGACUUCAACUGGCUGGUUCAGGGAGUGGCCUCUCCCAACUGGAGUGUCCUUCCCGAAGAGGAGCGGAUAACACAGUGGAACUGAGCACUGCCCGGACGCUCCGCCCUCCCCCCCCGCGGCCGUGGGGCCCGAAGAAGCUGCAUCCGAUUCCUCCGACAGUUGCACUUUAAUUUCCUCUCCGUAACAACACUGCGGCCGUAACUACAAGCCGGCGGCGUCGGUGCUGCGCUUGCGGUGAAACCGAAAUUCUCUGAUCGGGCCAGCUGAGGGUGAAGAAUGACCUCCCCACCCCCGAAAGAUUUAAUGUAAUCGCCGCCCAAACGGGUGCUGCCUGUUUAUAUCCUGACCAUCAGUAAUAAACGCUCUGGCAAUUAACACAA